ACUACAGUCACACACGUGCGCGAAGCAAAAUAGCAAAAUGGCAUCCGCUCUUCGGUUUUCCAGAUUAUUACCCUUAGCCGCAAGAAUUGCAGCUAGGUCAAGUCUUCAACGUUCUGUUCGAAUCAUACCUGCGAGGACAUUAGAUGACUCUAUUGGGAGAAAUUUGGGAACUUCUAACCUGCAAUGUCUUUCAGCGGCAAUAUCCAGGUUUCAGUCAAUCUCUGCCGAGUCGGCUGAACAACCUGAUUCCAUGGAGACCGCUCAGCCAAUCAGAUCAGACAAUGAAUUCAGAAUGGUUCUCAGAAGAUUAGACGAUAUGGUCAGAAGAACAGGACGAAUCACCAAAGCUCAGUUGAUCCUUGUAUUUGAUGAAAUUUGCAAAUUAGGUGCUGCUAAGCCAAACCAGGCCCUGCUACUCAUCAGAAGCUGUGGGUCACUCUUGCCAGAGGUAGCCCUUGAAGAGAGGACAGCACUUGUCUCCAGUAUAUGGGAUAAACUUAAAGAGCUAGGAACUACCUUUGAUGUCACCCAUUACAAUGCCCUACUCCGGGUUUAUCUUCAAAAUGAGCAUAAAUUCUCCCCAACUGACUUCUUGGCUCAAAUGGAACAACAUGGCAUAGAUCCAAACAGGAUUACCUACCAGAGAUUAAUCAGUGCAUACUGCCUGCAAGGUGAUAUCCAGGGAGCUACCAAGAUCCUGGAGUUCAUGAAGUCUAAGGAUCUUCCUGUUACAGAGGGCAUCUUUAAUUCCCUCAUCACAGGACAUGGAAGAGCAGGAGAUCUUGAUAAUGCACAGAACAUAUUGAAUGUAAUGAGGAGCGUUGGUCUAGAGCCUAGUGCUGAUACCUAUACUGCACUUAUGUGUGCUUACGCUGAAAAAGGAGACAUUGAAAACAUCAACAAGCUGACACAGGAAUUGGAAUCGGAGAAUGUAAAUCUUUCAGGAAGAUGUUUCCUGAGUGUAGCAUACAGUCUUGCUACAUAUGGACAUAGUGAGCAUCUCCCACAGAUCCUAGAGAAAGUACAACUCAAUGCAGGAUAUAUCCCUGAUGCUAUUAACCUUUCAUUGAGUCUGAUGACCAAAGGACACAACGAUGCAGCAUUUGUAGUUCUCAAGAUGUUUCAGGGAUUGAGAGUAGAAAACUCUGCAGAGCCACAGAACCAAGGAAACUUCUUCAUCGAUCAUGCAGUCCAAAUACAACUACCUCAUGAAACCUUAUUUGGACACUUGGAUGAGCUAAUCUCAACAGGCCUCCAUUCAUCACCGUACAUUGUAGCACUUCAUUCUGCUCUCAGGAAAGUGAAGGAUAAUAAAGAUUAUGCUUUUGGAAUCAUAAGAAGGAUGCUUGAACUUGAUAUUCCAGUUAGACCUCACUACUUCUGGCCAAUAUUUGCAAGAGAUUCGGCUGCCAAUGACAAAGAAGGUAUCAUGAAUACAUUGAAACAGAUGGGUGAGAUGGGUGUUGAGGCCAGCAGUGAUACCUUCACCAGGUUUGUCUUUCCAUGUCUUGGAGGAACACUAACAGACAUCAAGGCAACAAUCAAUGAGCUUGGUAUAUCAGUUGACAAGUUUCUUGUCAUUGCCAUGGCAAGGAAUGAAGUCAAACAGCAGAGAUUAGAUAGUGUUGUUCAGCUCAUUGAAGAAUACAGAGAUUUUGUUGAUGUUCCUCUCAUUCGAGCUGGUCUGGUUUCCUGCUUCAGCAAAAAUCCUCAACCAGAGCAAAUGGUAAAAAUCUGCAAACAUUUUGUUGAAUCUCAUCAAGACCUUGAGGACAAUAACGUUACUAAAGAAGACCAGCUUGGAAGUUUCUUGUAUGAUAUUGUCUCUAGUAUUCCAGUGAACAAAGCUACACAGUUGAAACCUGAUCUUAAUCUGUUACUCAGAAGCCUUGCAAGAGAGGGUUUGUUUAUCAGUGGACCAAGAUAUCGUGGAAUUAGGAAUCAGUUGGAUCGGAUCAAGCUUUCCAUGCUAAAAUCAGCUGCUCUCAAACUCUUAGACCCUACUGAGAUACAGAAGGAUCGUGUUGCUAACUUUGAUGUUCUCCCUGGUGAGGAGGUAUCCCUUGAGGAGCUGGAGAACCAUCUAGUGGAGCUGAGGGAGAAAGGAGGUAAUCUGAGAGGGAUCCUUAGGAGACUCAUCUUGGUCCAUACUACAAAUAAUAAUUUUGAACGAUCAAUGGAGUUAAAGAAGGAGUUUGAUGAGGCUGGUUAUGAACCAACAGGGGCCAUCUUUGCCUGUCUUAUCAAUGUGUGCUGUAACCAAGGCAAAUGGACUGAAGCUAUGGAACUGAAAGAUCAACUGCACAAGUUUGAUCCAAGUUUCAAGUUAGACAUCUCCAAGUAUCGCUAUCUGAUCUGCUACCUGGCUAAGAAUAAUCAACUCCCAGAUGCAUUGAGCAUGGUACACGAAAUGAAAGAACUUGCCGUUGAAACGGAUCGGAUGGAGAAGCAAACGUUUCAUAUGCUGAAUGAACUAGCAUCUGAAGGACUUACUGAAGAGGUGGAACGCAUCUUUGAGACGAUGGUGGAGCUUGAUCUUGUGAAGCCUAAUAAUAACCUUGUGGGACCCAUUGUCAGUGCAUACAUGGCCAAGAAUGAUUUGGAAGGAGCAUUGGCAUGUAUCCGAGACUGCCAAGCGAAAUACAGCAUCAUGCCUCACUUUCAAGAUGUCUUGGUUCGUCUGGUAGAAGAGGGCCAUACAGACCAGCUUCAAAGAGCAAUGGACUUUGCAAGCCAGCAGCAUGGUGAUAUUAACAUGCUGUAUGACCUCAUCUUUGCAUUCUGCACUUCAGGAAAAUACAAAGAAGCAAUGAAACUCAUUGAGACCCCUGGUAUGAUUGCAAAGAACAAGCGUAUCCAAUGGUAUGCUGAACGUUGUAUCGGAGCUAACAAUGUGGAGGCACUGCAACAACUGACGGCCAUCACCAAAGACCUGUAUGCCUGUGAUAGGGACCAGAUGUACUUCUAUCUUAUUCAGUUGCACACUCGUAAUAAUGAUGUUGAUAAAUGUCUUGAAGUAUGGACUACUAUGCAAGAGGAAGGUGUGGUACCUAGAGACAGAACAAUGCGUUAUCUUGCCAAUGUACUACGAUCAUAUGACAGACCUGUACCAUUCGAUGUCCCAAAGCUCACUGCUGAACAGCUUGACAAUCAAGAACUAAACACCACUGACAAGAUAGAUCGCAUCUUAAAAGCAGGAAAUAUUGAAGGGGCAGAGGAGCUUUUGAAGGAAUCUCUUGCGAGUGGGAAGGAUGUUGGUUCUGGUGUCUUUGAUAGGGUCAUUUUUGAGAUGCUCAAGUUAGGUCGUAUUGAUGAUGCUCUCACUGUCAAAGAUUUAGGUGAGAAAUCGUGUGACUUUAAGAUGUCCAUCAUACUAACCAACAAACUUCUCAUUGAGUAUGUCAAGAAAGGAGAUAUAGAAAAUGCAGAAAGGUUACUAGACCAGACGUUAGAAUCAGGGGAGGUCCCCAGACCAUCAGGAAUCAGGAUGCUGUGUGAGAGAUAUGAACAAGAUGGACUCUUAGAUACGCUCCUAGCUUUGAAGGAAAAAUAUGAGGAGAGAACGCAGUCUCGCUUCCCUAUCGGCAAAUCGGUCCUUGGAGCUUAUAUUGUGAAGGGUGAUGUAGAAGGUGCAGUGUCGUACAUAGAGAAGGAGCUUGAGGAGGAUCCUAAGAGGUCAAGACGGAUUGGUAUGAGGUCAUUCUUUGGUAAACUUCUUCAAAAGGGCCAGCCAUUGGAUGAGGUGUAUGCAAUGGUGGAUAGAUUAGCAGCUAAAGAUAUAGAAGGACCAGCAUGGCAGCUUCUCUACUCACAUCUAGACAAUGGCAAGACAGAAGGAGCCAAAGAUGUCAUUCAGAGAUAUGAUGUUAUCAGAGAGAAGUCCUCAGGUUUAAUAGGAUAUGCUAUAGAGAUGGUAGGAUCAGACAGUGAUGUGGAGGAGAAGAUUGAGCAAGUCUUAGAAAUCACCAAAGACCAGGAUUAUCUUGAUAGAUCAAAGAUCUACUUCUAUUUACUCAAAGCACAUGAUAACCAGAACAACUAUCAGGGUGGUUUGAUGGUGAAACAGAGGAUGGAAGAAGAAGGCCUACACAUGAGUGAUUUCAUGCUCAAGAGACUAGCUUUAUUACUCACCAAGACUGGUCAACCAAUCCCAUUUGAUGAACCACCAAACCCCAUCUCAUUCUACAGAGAGAAGCUGAGACUGGAAGGAAAAGACAACUUACCUGAGAUCAAAAUCGUUGACGAGGAGAGCUGAUGUUAAAAUUGAUUUAAAAUGAACUCUAUAUUCUAUCUGGAUCAAAAAGAAGAACAUGAUGAUGGAGCGUGACAGGAGACAGAGAGGGUCAGCUACGGGGCACCUUUUCAGCGACGAAUGGUUGAUUCUACCUAAUGCCAGGGGUGGUUGAAGUAGAAAGAGAUUUAUAGAUUGUUUUUAUGAUUUUGUAUGUUUUAUACAUCAAGAGUAGUUUGAGAUUUAUUUAUUAUAUUGUGAUUUAGCAUUGCAGUACUUAGGAUGUUGAACUUGUCUUUUGUACCCAUGGUAAUUUUAUUCAUGCUGAAGAAUUCCAUGCGAUUGUUUAGCAAAAAAUUCACAGGUGAGGUUGUCUUAGUCAUGCAGUGCACAGAGGGUUGUUUACAAUGACACAAGUGCAAAGUGUCAGUGUUUAGGGCUUUUGCACUUCAUUAUGAAUACCUGAAAUACUAUAAUUACCAUUGACAUCACAAACCUUACCUGUGCAUUAUUUGUUUUUUUAAAUAGGUUGGCACAGUUUGAAUUCAAAGGGUGAAAAUAUAUGGUUCAAAACCCCUCCAAUUUCUAAAGAUUGCACAGAAUAAGAGACAACCAUCUGUUUUCUAUUAUGACAUCACAAAUAUAGCCUUAAAAUAUGAUAUACGCCUCGAUGGGCACACCGUUCCUUCUCUUAGAUAGAAGUUGCAUACAAAAUGCUCAAAUGUCGCACCCAAAAUGCACAUCUGGAGGGUUGACUAGAAUUGAAACAACAUGCGAUUGCCUAUGCAUUGGCUACUUGCUCCAUCUGUUUUUAUAGGAAAUUGUUAAGAAAAGUUGGAGUCAUGCCUAUUCAACAUAAAAUACCCGAAAAGUAAUUACGGUGAGUUUCAGUAGACCAUCAAACUACACAACUCUGAUAUAUUAGGUUGAAAUAAAUUAUGAUGUAGAUAGUUUGUACUCUCUGGAAUAUCAAAAAUAUCUGUAUAUACGAUAUCUUUAUACAAAGUUUCCACUGUGGCAUUAGAUGCAGUACUGAUAUACAACAUGCAUUUCUUCUAUUUGCAGAGUUACCUAGGUGUAUUUGAUUCUAAUUCAGUUCAUGUGUUUUUUGUAAGCAUUUCUCAAAUUGUCUCAUGAAUAAUGUGAUCAAUCACCGUAAUAAUAAUAAUGAUAACAAUAACAGGCAUUUAUAUAGCGCCAUCUAUCUUUAAAUAAUCUAUUCCGAAGACCAAAUGUUACUUUUGGGAUGAUGAAUCAGAGGACAGUUAUAUAAAUCAAUACUUUUCUUGAUUUAGACAGACAGAUAUCAUUGGUUACAUAGGCAAUUCAAUACGUUGGGACACAAUUUAUUAAUUGUGUACUCCUUCAUUGCUGUGUUGAAUUAGUGGAUAAUGUGAUCCCAUUCAUGCAUUAAAUCCUGUGGAGUCGAGGUCUACAAAGUGAACUAGUGAACC